AUGGCAGAAAAUACUGAUAUAGAACGUUUCCCGCCCAACCAGCAUGGUGAAAGCUCCCUAGCUUCAAGCGGCCGAAGCGAAUAUGAACUGAAUUCAUCUCAUCAAACGUCACUUCCCCGAAGAGCGCAGAAGAGAUUCUAUGAGAAGUUGGAGAAUCUUAAAACAACACAGGCAAAGAACAAGCAGAAAGGAAUUUCAAGCCAAGGGAUGAAAGGUCUGACUGAAGCUGCACGAGCGAAGAAGAAAUCCAAGAAAGAACGAGUGAGGUUAAGAAUGGAACAGCUUCGCAAAGGAAAGGAGGCCCGCAACCGUGAGGUGAUGUUACAGCGCGUAUUCCAAUACCCAAAAAGAGCCAGGAAAGCGUUCGAAUAUGGUAAGUCGCGACGUACAGUAUUUGAUGACCAAGUUUAGUGGCAAAGGAAGAAUUGGAUGCCGAAAUAGUAGACACGCUCAAAUGUUUGGUAGAUGAAACUAUAAAUACGGUUGGAAAAUCUAUUUUCUAUACUCCUGAUGAAGAUCUGGGUGAUUACACGGACGUAAAUGAUGACGACGAGGAAGAAGAGGGAAGUAAACAAAAGUCCAUAGACCUUCUAGAUGGCGAUGAGGAAGUUGAUUGGAUCGAAGCAAAUGCAAAUCUGUCAAAAAAGGAAUUAAGGGCUUGGUUUGAACGGCACAGGAAGACCACAUCGCAGAUGGCUUUAGAAAGGAAACAUCUCCGAGAAGAACAGAUUAAUAAGAUGAUAAGCCAACGUAACAUGGUUGAUCGAAACUUGGACAAGUUGCGCAAAGUUUUCCAAUUCUCGAAUAACACAGAAAGAGAUUUCAGAUUGGGUGAGUUACGGUAUAAAUUUAUAAUUGAUUUUAGUUGCUGAACAGAAAUAUAAGAAAGUGGUCGUGGACAUUGUAAAGAACUUGGUCGACGCUACCAUUGCUUCCUUUGGCGAGAACAUAUAUUUUCGUCCGGAUGACAAGUUAGCAGAGUAUGUUGAAGAAAACAACGGACUUCACGUUGCGAUCCCUAAAAAACCGAAGCCAGUCAAGAUGACGCUUGAUUUAUACCGUCAGAGAUGGUUUAGGAAGAAGCAGGAGCACAGGAUUCGGAGUACUAUUAUUCUUAAUUCAACAAAAUUCCGAUAUUCCCUCAGGGAAUUAUCCCAGAAAUUUAAGUACCCAAAAAAUUCAGAGAUGGCUUUUAAGUUCAGUGAGUGACAUAAUUCUGUUAAUUUAUUGCUAUUUUAGUUGCUGCCCAUUAUUUGGACUCUGAAGUGAUUGACGCAGUGGAGGGCUUAGUGGACGCAACUGUUGAUGCAGUUGGUGACACUGUUUACUAUCACCCAGAAGAAAACCUCGCCAAUUUUGUUCCUUAUAAUCCGAUAGUUACAAACGUUGAGGACGACCCUGAAGAUCUCGUGGUUAUCGACGGAAAGAAUACACUUCCAAUUUAUCUUCCUGAACCAAAGAAGAAGGGACGGCCUAGGAAAUUUGAGAAUAGCGAUACACCGCCGGUUAUGCUUCCGUUACCUCCAAAAAGAGCAAAGGUCACUCAAGAACCACUUCCAAAGGCAAAGAAGAAUAACAUUUCGACUCCGGCGAGUGUCCGUACUUCAACUUUUACUGCUAAAUCAGCCUCUAGACCCUUGAAACAACAUGAAUUUACGGACUCUCCUUCUCGGGUAAUCCCAAAAGCCCGCGGUAGAAUAGCCAUAGGAAAGGACAAAGAGAACAAGUCGCCACCGGAAAGGAAACGUCGCUACAGAACUCCUUCACUCUCCCCUCCUCCCCCUCCACCGAAGAAAAAGAUGCCAAAACAACCGGAGAAGAAAACUUACGAUGUUAUUACUCGUAGUAGACUGCUGGAUGAAGUUGCUGAGUCCAAGAAGAAAAAUGUGGAGUUAGGGCAAUUGAAUCACGGCUUAAAGGAAAAGAUUAAAGUUCAGGAGGCCGAAAUCGAGCGAAGGAAGCGUGAGGACAUGAUUAAAAGAAGAUUAAUGUUGGGUGAAAUCGAAAGACAAGAUGAAGAAGUUGUUCAUCGGCAAAAGGUUAAUGAUCUGGCAUUGAAGCAUCUUAGGAGCGAAGCUCAUGAAACCUUGAAGUUUGUGCUGGCGCGAGCUGAAGAGGUAGAGAACUUGACCCAGAAACUUCGAAGUGGUAAGCAAUCGAUUGGAAUCUGUAUUACGCUUUAAUUAUUGUUGAUAUUUUAGACUGCUCCCACUUGCGAUUGGCCGCGCCGAAAAAAGAGGAGAAGAAGGAUGAGAAUAAAGAUCAACCCGAAGCUGGACCGAGUAAUUCAGCCGAAGCCGCAGACACUACAGUACCUGCAACCGAAACGCCAAAUCAGUCGAAUGGUGCUGCGUUGAAUCCGGAAUCCAUUUCUCUGCAGGAUCCAGAUCAGCCUUCAACUUCAGCAGCGUCGGCUCCAUCGGCCGAAAAUGAGGGCAAGAAAAAGGAGAAAAAAAAGAGGAUUAGAACACCAAGAGGUAGGUCCCGAAUUCUUAUAAUUAACUUUGAUUAUCGUUUACAGUCCACAAGAAAAUAAUUCGUCCUCCAACACCUCCUCGUUUGGCCAAACCCAAUAGUAAAACUAAUGAUAUCCUCAGGCGUCAGAAGCUCCUUACUCCUCCAGAACCCCGCUUGAAGCCUCCACCGAAGUCUAAGGAAACCCCCAAGGACGAAGUUAAUCGAUUUGUUGUUCCCCAGAUGACGUCACUUAAAACUGGCAAUGUGGUGGUGGCAACGGAUAUCCCAGACAAACCCUCCGAGAACUCGUUGCCAAAUGUUUCGACAAGUCCUAAGGAAAAAAGUGCCAAUAAACCGACCGCCGAAAGCCCCAACGUUAUAAUCCUAAAUGAAUCAUCAACGAUUAUCGUGAAACCCGCCAAGCCUCCGGCCCCAGUUAAGGCCAAGAAGGAAGCACCAAAGCCGGUCGCACCUUCGACAUCCACUUCCAAAGCACCAUCGUUGCCUAAAACAACUAGAACUGUUAUCGUGACCUCCACUUCUACGAGCACCCCUUCUACAAGCCGACCAGGGCCAUCGGCAUCAUCCUCCCGGCCCCUUCAGCAGGCUCCAGCCACUUCUAUGUCUCUUUCUACACCUAAGACUAAGCCCAAGAAGAAUGAGCCCAGAAAGGAAGAGGUUCCCGGCGCCUCUGCCCAAUUCCUUAGCAAAAGAUACCUCCAGAUGAACACCAAUGACAAGAAGACCUCCCAAUCAGAGUUCCGAAACAAGAUCAGGAGUAUGUUCCCCAACUUCACGGAUGAGGAUCUGGUGGAUCUGAUCGGCGAGAGUUUUCCUAAUCUUUUCAAUUUUGACUCAUAG